GUGAGAAUAAUAAACUUUUCUCUCGUUAUUGAUGGUCUUGGAAUGUGUUAUUUUGUAAGAAACUUAAAAAUAUUGACCAAAAAAAAUUAUGAUGAGGAUUGGAGUAUGCCAGAUUUAGAACGACGUACGGUUCCUUUUUCCUGAGGAUAACUAAAUCUCAGCAUUAUUAUGGCCGCAUAGAAAAGGAUAUAAUAGAAUGUAAUGUCUGAUGGAUUGCCUCGGCAAUUUAUGUUGACACUGAUGUUAUUUCAUUUAAGUGAUUUCUUUCUCGUCAAUUUUUUCUUAACUAUGCACAGCAACUAGGUCAGGUCUUGUUGCUCUGUUCAAUGGUUUGGGACAUUUCCUUUGGUUAUUGGGCUGGACCCAGGAAAGAACCUAGAGCCAUGACCGUAAGAUAUUCCACCUGGGGUCUAUGUGAGGAGGAUUUCGAGGGGAUUUCUUUACAGGAGUUUGAAUCUGCUGAGAGCAGUAUACCUCUGUUGUCUGAGUACAGAAAAAAUACAGAAUCACGUCGCCCAAGUGACCCUACCUUCUUAAACAGUGAGACCAAGCUCUUAAACGAACUGUCCCCAGCAGGUCCUAAUGGAAAAACUGACGCCUUCCUUUACAAUUCUACUACAGAUGUUAGACAGCCACCUGCAAGUCCUAGCUUCUACGGAAGCUCCAAGUAUGAUCUCCAACCCCCACCAAGCCCUGGACUGCUUAGCAUCAAUUCAGCAUGGAGUGAGCUGGCCAAAUUGCAUUCUAGAAGGUCGUCUUUUGGGGACAUUUCUGAAACAAGGAGUAACAGUUUAUCCAAUGUGAGUAGCAGUCUGAGUCAGUACCUCCAUGACUUGGUCCAGGCUUUCUCCAGCCGGACAGAGAAGAUCAAAGAGAAUACCAUCCAACCCCCCACCCCCUCCUCCCUGUCGGAGGUUGAUGCUCUGUCAGAAGCUAACUCAGCAGUUUCUGUGACAGAAGAUGAGUCUGCCAGACAGAAUAGAAUUAACAACUUUUACCCAGAGCACAUGAUGCUGGGGAAGGAUGGCCUGCCUACAGAGGAGGAGCUUGACAAGUUUUACAUGGACUGGGGCUGCUGCAAGUCCCGACUCCCCACUUGCUGCAAAUAUUUACAGUUUCCCUCCAUUUUAGAACCUCAAAGUAAGAUUUACAUGAGUUGGUUGGCCCUCGUUGCUCUGUGCUUUACCUACAAUGUGUCGGUGAUUCCAUUACGAGGGAUUUUUCCCUACCAGACUGACAAAAACGUGAUAUAUUGGCUGAUUUGUGAUUAUUUUUGUGACUUUGUCUACCUGUUAGAUAUUCUUGUGUUCAAACCAAGACUGACAUUCCUGAAUAGUGGACUUAUGGAAGAGGAUCAGAGGCUAACAAAGAAGAAUUAUAUGAAGAAAAGCAUGUUUAAGUUUGAUGUUUUAUCCCUGCUGCCUUUGGAUCUUUUCUACUUUAAAGUUGGAGUUGUUCCUUGGCUAAGGUUUCCCAGAUAUUUUAAAAUUCAGACUUUCUGGGAGUUUUUUGAGCGCUGUGAUCAAGCUGUUAGAUCAGCACACAUCCUUAGAAUUACAAAAACAGUGAUCUACAUGUUGUUCUUGAUCCACGUUGAGACCUGCGGUUAUUAUGCUAUGUCUGUGUAUGAAGGAAUCGGUAGCAACAGAUGGGUGUACAAUGGUGUCGGCAAUGCCUACAUCCGCUGCUUCUACCUGGCUACAAAGACAGCCACUUCCAUUGGGAACAACCCUCAGCCUACCAAUGUCCUGGAGUAUGUCUUCAUGACAGUGUACUGGGUGUCGGGAGUGUUUGUGUUUGCUCUCCUGAUUGGUCAGAUAAGGGACAUUGUGGAUGCUGCUGGAAGAGUUAAGGCCCUUUAUAAUAAGAGAAUGGAUGCUGCUAUCUGGUAUGUCAAGAACCUAAACCUGCCAAAAGAGACCCAGGAAAAAGUCAGGACUUGGUUCAUCUAUAACUGGCAGCAACAGAAAAUACUGGAUGAGAAGGCUUUGAUGGAUACGCUGCCUAAGAACUUAAGGACUGAUUUGGCUAUCCAUGUCCAUUUUAACACACUGAGUAAAGUCAAGCUGUUCCAAGACUGUGACAAGACUUUGCUGUUCGAUCUCGUGUUGAAACUAAAGCCAAUACUCUACCUGCCAGGGGACUAUGUUUGCAGAAAAGGGGAAGUUGGCAAAGAGAUGUAUAUUGUAAGUCAAGGUCAGGUAGAUGUGGUGGGCGGACCUGACAACUCAAUCGUCCUGGCAACACUAAAGGAGGGGAGUGUCUUUGGUGAAAUCAGUUUGCUGGCUUUAAGUGGAGGGGAGGGAAAUCGACGAACAGCUGACGUCAUCUGUAAGGGCUUCACCAACCUCUUCAUUCUCUCCAAAGGAGACUUUGAGGCAGCCAUGGCUGAAUAUCCAGAGGCUCACAGACACAUGAAAAAGAGAGCCAAAAAGUUACUGAGACAAAAUGCUAAAUUAGCCAAGGAGAGUGCCGAAUCAUUAGGGAGUUCUUGUAUGGAUGAAAUCAUCAAGUCUUCUUCAGCUAUUAGUCGAACUCCAAAAAUGGUGACAACUGUUAUGCAGGUGAUGGAUCCUGGUUCUCAAGUGAUGAAAAAACUCAACAAGUCACAUGACACACAGGAAGUGGAUGAAAUGUUAAAAGAGCAGGAGAACAUAGGGAGAGGACUGCCUACAGACCAAGAAGUAGAGGACUUCUUCAAUGAGAUGCUGACUGUGGAAAUACCUGUCCCCACUCCACAAAGCCAAGAGGACUCUCUGAAAAGGGGGAGCAGUAAACUCAAGAAAGAGGACACCAUUACCACAGAACACAGUGAGGAAUCAACUGACUCAGGGGUACAGCUAAUAAAAGCUAGCAGUCCUAUAGACAGCACAACUAAAACCAUGAGCAACAAGGAAAGUAAAGAGUCUAUGAUCACUCCGGAAAUAACCACAGAUUUAGCAGACAUAUUGGAGGAAACGAGAAGCUGGGUGGAGCAGCAGACCCUUCACACUCAGAUGAUCAGUGAUGGAGGAUUUCUGGCCGAAUUCUUUGAGGACAACCUCACAAACAAUCCAGAGGAGGAGACCACAAACCAUGAGGAGGAGCACAUAGGAGAAAAUUCUGAGGAUCAGGUGACAAUGGAGAUGGAGGGUCAAGGUUGUCUUCAGAAUGUUGAACUUCACGGAGAGCUCAGGGUUGAGAGCGAGGAUAUGAACGUGGACAGUAUUGAUAACUUGUUGAGUAAAAUAGAGGAAGAACAUGCCAGCAGUGUAGCGGAAAACAGUGAAAACAAUGCAGCUGAAAAUGUUUCAGUUGAUAUGGGAGAUGGUAUUACAAGUGUAAGGGUAGAAAAUGAACUAGAGGGGAUUGAUGAUGAAGAGUUGAAGACAGAGUUGAACAAAGAGGAUUUGAAAGAUGAGAAAGUUGAAAAAAAUGUUGAACAAGCUGAAAAAGUAGUUGAAAUGAAGGCAGUUCACAAUGAACUGAAUUCACUGGAGAAUAAGACAGUAUCUGAACCAAAACAGCUCAUGAGCAUAGAGCCCAAAAGCAGGUCCCUCUCCAUCCACAGUGCUGGAUCGUUGACUGAGAGUGACAUCACAGAUAGGGAACCCAAGAAAAAUCCCAUACAGGAGUCCAAACGAGUCAUGUCUGAACCUGCUAACCUCUGUAUAAACAGAAUUCCCUCCAAGAACAGAAUUACCUGUGCAGUGGAGGUUCACCGUGAAAAAAGCAUCACCCCCACAUCUGUGGUAGAAUGGCAAGACAAUGGAGCAAUGGAGUUACAAAAGCAAGGCAGUGCUGCGUCUUCUCCACGGGAAUUGCAGUAUUUUGAGUCCAGUGUUUAAUAGUUCUUAGUGUGUGCCACUGCACUGUCAAGUGUUACCUUGUGUGUUACUAUCUGAUCAAAGGUCACAGGUCACCUGUGCUAAUAGACAGAAUUGAUUUUAAAAAUAAGAUCAGUAAAGUUUUAUUUGUUGUACAUGUAUUUUUAAAUUAUAACCUUAUUGACCAUCAUCAAAACCAACUAUUAUGUGUAUUUGAAAUCUUGCCUGGUAAGCAAUUUGUAAUACACAUGUAUGUGAGUUAGAGUGCUUGUGUGAAAUGUUUUUGUGAAUGUGGUACCUUUGAUUGUCUUUUAACCCUGUCCAUGUUAUUUAUCAUUUAUUUGAAACCAUAUUUUAUUUUUUUUUUAAAAUAAUAAUAAUCCUUUUCAAUUUAAUUCUAAGCUGGCUUAGAUAUCAUGUUUAUUAUUCAUUAUGAGGUUUUCUAAUAAUUUUUGAAAUGUACUCUAUUAUUUAUUGUUUUAUUACUUAUUCUUUAUCAA